ACGAUCAUUUCAAUAAUCAAACAGCAAGGUUCACCGGGAUACCACUCUUUUGAUUUUUAUAUUGUACAGUUGAACAGCUUUGUCAGCAAGCCAUGCCUUCUUUAUCAACAUAUUUCUAAUUGUUUUAUGAAAAUAGCACAACAUGGCCGGCCAAUGUAAACAAAAGAUGGGAAGAUGGCAACACCAGGUUUUGAACGCAAUGAUAACAGCUUUUGUUAUUUUCAAAGCAACAUUGUAGCAUUGGUCUACUUUGGCCAUGGAAUUUACUUCAGCCAAACUGCUUUAAAUACCCCCAGGAGAAGACCCUUUUCAGCAUCAAGCACAAGGAAGAAGAUUCAAGGAAGAGAGAGAGAAUAAGAAUGAGAAAUAUUAUCUUGUCAUUGUCUAUUUUCAUGUUACUUGUUCUCCUUAUUGCAAAUUCUUUCGAGGUUGAAGCUAAACCUUGCAGGCCUAGUGGAAAAAUUAGAGGUAAAAAACCACCUCCACACAAAUGCAACAGAAAUAAUGACUCUGAAUGCUGCAUUGAAGGCAAGCUUUACACGACCUACAAUUGUUCACCGCCAGUCACUAGCCGUACGAAGGGAUUCCUCACACUCAAUAGCUUUGAGAAGGGACAAGAUGGUGGCGGUCCAUCGGAAUGUGACAAAAAAUUUCAUUCUGAUGACAUUCCAACUGUAGCACUAUCUACCGGUUGGUUCAACAAAAUGAGUAGAUGCUUCCACAAUAUCACCAUUAGAGGUAAUGGUAGGAGCGCUUUGGCGAUGGUGGUGGAUGAGUGUGACUCCACAAAAGGUUGUGAUGAACCCCAUGAUUAUCAACCUCCAUGUGAUAAUAACAUUGUUGAUGCCUCAAAGGCUGUCUGGAAAGCGUUGGGUGUGCCUGAACACGAUCAGGGUGGCCUAGAUAUUACAUGGUCUGACGCUUAA